AUGCUGCACACUAUUUUUUCUACUUCUUAUUUCUUCUUCUUUCUUCAAACUUAUUCUUCUUUUUCUUCUUCUUCUUCUUCUUUUUUUAUUUCUAAACUUCUUUUCUUCUUCUUCUUCUUUUUUCUUUUUUCUUCUUUCUUCUUCUUUCUUCUUUUUUUUCUUUUUUUCUUCUCAUUCUUCUUCUUAAUCGUCUUUCUUUUCUUCUUCUUCUUUCUUCAAGAUUUUGUUCUUGUUCUUUUUUUUCUUCUUCAUUUUUUUCUUCUUUCUUUCUUCUUCUUCUUUUCUUUAGAAUUAUUCUUUUCUUCUUUCUUCUUCUUUACUAUCUUCUUAUCUUUCUUCUUCUUCUUCUUUCUUUCAAGGCUUCAUUCUUCUAUUUCUUCUUCUUAUUUUUCUUCUUCUUCUUCUUCUUCAUAUUCUUUUCUUCACUUUCUCCUUGUCUUGAAUGCAUUUUUAUUCUUUCUUCUUAAUUUUCGAUACUAUUUUCUUUUUUUUCCUUCUAUUUUUUAUAAUAUUUUUCUUGUUCUAUCUUCUUCUAAUAUAAAUCUUUUUCUUCUUCUUCUUCUUCUUCUUUCUUCUUCUUCUUCUUCUUCUUCUAGACUGCCUUUAUAA